ACUUCAAAAGGCCAUACAUUAAUGUACGGAAGUGCCAUUGUACGCAUGCGACAGCGAAUCUCAGGUAAACAAUAUGGCGAGCAUAAAUUACAGGUGUUAGCCUAAUUCAUAGAAUACGUUAAGUUCCGACGAGAGGCAAUACGCUGAAAAAUGGGGAAUAAGGUUAGUACGGUCGGGGAUGAUGUGAAGCGGCAGGGAGAGGGCUCGGGUGUUGACAGUCGGGCAGCCGAUGUUUAUAAAAUGGUAGACUUGAAAGGAGGCGGAGAUUUGGUAGAGAUGACAAAAAGAGCUCGCUGGACCAAAAAUUUCAAAGAAUUAGAUGACACAAUUCAAGAAAAAGUAAAGCCAUUUUUAUAUGACGGUGGGCGUGGAAAGAAAAUCCCAAUUACGGAAAUUAUAGAUCGAAGAAACAAAGCUCGGUCAAGUGCUAUCAAGUCUUCAUCAAAAGAUAAACAGAGAAAGGCUGGCGAAGCAUUAUUGGACAUGAAGUUCCAGGAUAGCGAAGGCAAUUAUCUUCAUAACAAACCAGAUGAGUCUGUUGAAGAUCGGAAGUUCCGUGAAUGUUGCUGGGACAUUGACCAGAGAGGCUCAGUAGGGGAGACCAUUCUACACUUGUGUCUCCUGAAUGCCACUGCCAUACACGCUGAUCUGGCCAAGCGGUUGAUUCAGGCAUUCCCCAAAAUGAUCAACGACAUCUACCUCGCGGAUGAAUACUUUGGGGAGAGCAUCCUACACAUAGCUAUUGUGAAUGAAGAUCCGGCCAUGGUGAAGUUCCUGCUGGACAAUGGAGCAGAUGUCCAGGAGAGAGCCUGCGGGAAUUUCUUCUGUCCAGACGAUCAGAAAAGUUCACGCAUGGACAGCUAUGACCAUGAAUGGGUGGAUGUUACAGAAAAAACAAACUAUGAAGGACACGUCUACUUUGGAGAGUAUCCCCUGUCCUUUGCGGCCUGUCUCGGACAGGAGGAAUGCGUUAGACUGCUCGUUGCCAAGGGAGCUAACCCUAACGUCCAGGACACUAACGGGAACACAGUGAUGCACAUGUUAGUGAUUCAUGAUAGGAAGGAGAGUGAAUUUGAUGGAGAGUAUGCUUCUAAAAAGAUUGAACUUGAUAACAGCCCAGCGGACAUGUUUAACCUGCUACUGGACCUGGGAGCCAGACUGGACAUCAAGAACAGACAGGGCCUAACACCACUGACACUGGCCGCAACACUGACCAGGAAAGAGAUGUAUGAGCACAUUUUGGAGAGGAUUCGUCAGGUGUGCUGGAUCUAUGGAAAUGUGACGUGUGCUGGUUACCCUCUGAAAGACAUUGACACAAUCUCUGAGACUGGCGACAUCAAUAGGAACUCAGCCUUAAACUUAGUUGUCUAUGGGACCGAGGAUGGGCAUCUUGACAUGAUGGACGGACUUAUCGUGGAACUUCUGAAAGACAAGUGGAAAACCUUUGUUGGACACAGGUUUUACAGAAGAUUUGCCAUCUUCUUUCUUUACUUCAUCCUGUUCAUGUUUGCAUUUAUCCUUCGUCCCGGAAGUGACUUAUGUCCCACUAAGACUGCCAGUACCGAUAACACGACAGUGACUCAGACUAGCGCAGUAACCACAGAGAGUGACGGCUGUUACCUCAUCAAAGCCUGCCGUACAGAGGAUAAAGUGAGGUUUGCUCUGGAGAUCUUGGUGUUGAUUGGAGCUAUAUGGUACAUCUUUAUCGCUAUGAAGGAGAUCUUCCACCAGGGUUUCAGGGUCUUCUUCACCACUCUUAAAGGUGCCCCGGCCAAGGCGAUGUUUCUGCUGUCUGACGUGUUGGUCGUGUUGAUGCUGCCGGGCCGAGCUCUCUGUCAACACGAGUAUGAGGACAUCAUUGCUGUGUUUGCCAUCCUCUUCACAGCUCCCUACUUCCUCUUCUUUUGCAGAGGCUUUAAGAUUGUGGGUCCUUUUGUUGUGAUGAUUUACAAAAUGAUUGCUGGAGAUUUACUAAGGUGGAUCAUCAUCUACCUGGUUUUCAUCAUUGGUUUCUCUCAAGCUUUUUAUAUUGCAUUUGUUAAUGGUACCUGUGAUCCCAGUUCAGAUCCCUGUGUUUUCUUGAGUCCCAUUGAGUCAAUCGUGGGGAUGUUUGCCAUGAAUGUCGGGGAAUUUGAGGACAUUUACGGCACUUUUGAUUCCUCCGAAUAUCCCACGGUGGUCAAAAUAAUCUUUAUGAUCUAUAUGAUCAUGGUAACUCUGCUGCUGGUUAACAUGUUAAUUGCGAUGAUGGGAAAUACAUAUCAGCUGAUUAAUGAGACACAGAAGGAAUGGUUCAGACAGUGGGCUAAAAUUGUUUUGGUGGUAGAGCAGAGUGUAACAACAGAAAUCAGACGAACACAGCGACAGAAAUAUUCUCAACCGAGCGCUGACGGGGACAGAAUGUUUAUUGUCAGAUGGCAUCAAACUCAAAAGGAGCAGGAAGAGAUGGCCCGGCAGAAGGAGGAGAUUUACCAGAAACAGAGGAAGGCUGCAGCAGAGAAGAGAAAGAACAUCUUCCGUAAGAUGUCCACACCCAAAGUGAUCGACACCAGAGAGGCGGAGGAAGGUCACAUCAACAUGUAAAGGGAUGGCAAUCCUAACUACUGAGGGCAGUCCUAACAUUGCCAAGAUAUGGAUGUCCAAUGGAAGCCACAUUACAAACUCGAUCUACAGGAGUUGUGCAUUAUUAUGAAAGAUUUUAUUUUUCCUGUGAAAAAUGUCUGUGUGCCCAAGUUUUGGUACAGAAAUCUUUUUAUAUUUCCCUAUUUCUAGUCAAUCAUUUUUUUAAAAAGUGACCGAUGAUUGUUUUUUGGCUGAAUAUUAUGUGUGCCUUAACACGCUAUUGUCCUAAUGUCACUUUGACCAUCACUCUGUUCAUCCUCAGGUGUCAGGGUCAGCUUAUUUGGUUACUUUAUUUAACCUUUGAAAAAUCUUCUAUACUGAAGUGACAGAUAUGCUGAUUGAUUAAAGUGAGUAUUACAUCCUCUCAGUGAAGUUGUGAAAAUCAUGUCCUCUUUUUUAAAUUAUUUUCAUUCCUGAGCAUCAUUGGGCCAAGCUUUAUGCAAUUUGAUGAUAACAUAAACCUAUAAAACUAUAAAAUACUGUACAGUGUAUUUAUCCUGAGAAAAUUUAUGAUACUCAGGUGAGUGUUUAGGCCCAUGAGCCUCAUGAUUUAUAGACUGUCCGUCCAUGUUACAUAUAACCAGUCAUAAUUUUAUUUGCCAUUUCCAUUCUCUAUGAAACCAUCUGGUAUCAAAAGCUACCUGCUUUUUUUCUUACAUAUACUGGUAAUUCAUAGUAUGAUUAUAUUUUUUAUAUGUAUUUGACAACCAUUUUUAUGAUUUAUAUAUUUUUUUCACAUACAUAUACUUCUAGUUUACUUAACGCUGAAAACUAUUUUUUAUAAUUUUAUUGAUACUGCAUUGCAUUUUGUCCAUGCUUUACUGUGAUAUUAUGAGAAAAAAAAUCUAUUUAUACAUACAUGUACAUACAGCUGUAUUUGUUUUUUGUGUGUUAUUUAAGAUUCUUCACAAAUAUUUUAUCUGCUGAAAACUAUGAUCAUUUGUUGUUUUAGAUGACCAAAUAUUGUUGUUAAUAUGAACAGGCCAUAUAUAUGCAUUGUCAAUAUUUUAUAACACAUUAAAUAUUGCAUUGCUAGCAAAA